GACGGGGCGUGUGCGGCCGUGCCGGCGGCGGGGACACGGGCUGCGUGCCCGGCUCCGGGGACACCUUCUGCGGGCACAAAGGCUGCCGAGCGCUCCCGGCGCCGGCAGCGGGACACGCGAAGGGGCGCACGGCCGUGCCUGGCUCCGCCGCCGUCGGGGGCGGGGAGCGCGGCGGAGAACCGAAAGUGAAGGGAAGGCAGCGGCCGGCGGGGCAUCCCGGUGAACCUCCGCUGUUGUUCGGGUAAAUCGCCGGGGCUGGGCGGCACAGAGCCCCGCGUCCCGUCCGAUGCCCCGGGCGGGCAGCCCCGGCCAUGCCGUGCCGCAUGCCCGGCGUGGCCGCCGUGCCCGCGCUGCUCGUCAGCUGGUCCUCGGCCGCCUUCAUCAUCUCCUACGCCAUCGCCGUGCUGGCGGGGCACGUCGAGCCCCUCGUUCCGUACAUCAGUGACACUGGAACUAAACCUCCUGAGAGUGGUGUUUUUGGUUUUAUGAUUAAUAUUUCAGCACUUCUAGCUGCAAUUACAAUGUACAUCAGAUACUUAUUAAUAGAGAAGCAAAAUGAAUCAUCACACUUUGUUAGGUCUUCAUGCAAUAUGUUUACAUUAUGUGUGGGAUUGAUGGGCUGCACUGGAAUGGGCAUAGUUGCAACUUUUCAGGAGCUGGCUGUUCCCAGUGUCCAUGACAUAGGAGCUUUGGUGGCAUUUGGCUCGGGUGUUGUAUACAUCACACUUCAGUCUAUAAUCUCUUACAAGUCCUGCCCACGAUGGAACACUCAAUUUGUGUGCCACAUUAGGAUGGCCAUAUCUGUCAUAUCAUGCAUUGCUUUUAUUCCCAUGAUUGUGUUUGCUUCCAAAAUUUCCAUGACAAAAAUUGAUUGGACUCCAGGUGAAAAGGAUUAUACUUACCAUUUCAUGAGUGCAAUCUGUGAAUGGACAGUGGCCUUUGGUUUCAUCUUCUUCUUUUUAACAUUCAUUAGAGAUUUUCAGAGAUUUUCUUUAAGGAUAUCAACAGAAAUACAUGAAGACUCCUGAUAGUGAAAAACCAACAUUUUAUACCUAUGGAUAUUCUAGCUUUCUUUUUACUUAUAGAAAAAGUGGCAGAGGAACAGGGAUUGAAAGGUUGUAAUAAGACCCUAUGCCAUCAACUCUGCAGCUGCAACCACUACAAGAUUUUAAAACUCAGAGCAAGGUUCCUCCUGCAUUUUUGAAAUAUUUUUAGACAUUUUUUAUGGUUUGGUAUAUUAAAAAUACUGUAACAAAAGCAAUAUCUGGAAGCACCCGAAAAUUCAAGGACUUGAUCACCUCAGCUCUUCCAUUUUGGACAUAUCUGAACUUUUUAAUUUGCUGUAGUGUGAUUAGUAGCAUUAGUUUUUAACUUGAGAAAGUACAUUUUGCAAAGAGGGAAGUGUAAAGGCAAUGGAAAUCACUGGGAUGGAAUUCCUACUCUUAAUUUGCAAGGGCUGGAGAAGAUGGUGAGAGCAGGAGUGGGCAUCUUUGUUUGAAGAAAUUUGAAGUUAUGCUACAUAUUAUGCUACCAUGCUACAUAUUUCUGACACUGGGCACUGUACUUCAAAUGCAAAUGCUAAGAGAAAUUUAUAUUGCUUGAAAAAUGUUUUCUAAUCAUUGCAGUACAUGGGAAAAUCCACCCCUUUUUCCCUUUUAUGCACUGAUGGCCACAGGAAACAAAACAUGGAAAUGGGAAUAGAAAGUAAAUUUAUAUUUAAGCAUGAUGUACUAAAGAGAAAUCUUAUUGCAAUUUGGUUAAUAUAAAGCAAAGUUUACUAGCCUGUGUUUUAAUCUACAAUGGAGUGAAGAAGGUCUCAAAAAAAAGUUUGGGAAUUAUUGGAAAAUAAGAAGAGGUACCAGUAGUUUUCAGGUGCUUAGAAAUAAAUGUAUGGGUAUUUUAUGCAGAAAACUGAAUUAAAAAACAAACGUGGAGAGCAUCUGUAAUGAAGAUAUUUGCUGCUAUAGAUUUACUUCUGUAAUUAAAGACUUGGAAAGGAACUAAUUGAGAAGUCAGAUAUUUAAAGCAUCUGCAGGCAAAAGGCUCUUUCAUGGACUGAUUCAUCACCUUCAUUCAGUUCAUUAACCACUUGGUUGUCAAUUAUGUUCUCUGAAAAUUACAUUUUCCAUACUCUCUCAUAGUUUAUGCAGAAAUAUUGAUGAUUUUCAGAUGCUAAUAUCCACUAAUGUGUGUUUUGGAGAGUGAUGUCUUAAGAUUAGCCAUCUGUUGAUACUUCUUUUAAUGUGUAUUUUAAACUGUAUUAAAUUCAAUUGUUUCACAACUUAAA